UCAGAAGUUCCUGCACCGGCUCCUCCAGCCAUUGAACUUCAGUCAGUGAGUCAACCGCCUCCAGUUCAGCCAGUCAUGAAUCAGUCUGAUCCAAGUAAUCCUGCACAUGACCAGGUUCAGCCAUAUGCAGCACCUGCAGUUCCACCACUAGUUCAACUUUAUGGAGUACCACCUGGUCUCGAAUACCUCGCUCAGAUUGACCAAAUACUUGUUCACCAAAAAAUAUCAUGUAUAGAGAUGCUUACUGGCUUUGAGACUAACAACCAGUAUGAGAUCAAGAACAGCAUCGGGCAAGAGAUCUACCAUGCCAAAGAAAAGAGUAACUGCUUUAUUCGUAAUAUCUUUGGUUCAGCACGUGGUUUUAAAAUGCGAAUUAAAGACAACAUGGGCCAAGAGGUCAUUCAGAUGGACAGACCAAUGCGCUGCUGCCUGCAAGAGAUUGAAGUACAGGCUCCACCUGGAGUAACCAUAGGCUAUGUGAAACAGGAGUGGUCCUGCUUUUUUCCAAAAUUCUCCAUCCUGGACCCCAACAAUGAGGUACUACUGAAGAUCCGGGGACCCUUCCUUCCACUCAAAUGCUGUGGUGACAUAAAUUUUGAGGUAAAAGGCAUGCUUGAUGAACAGUCUAUUGGUCGAAUCACAAAACAACGGAGUGGUUUCAUUAAGAAAUGCAUCAGUGAUGCCACCAACUUUUGUAUACAGUUCCCUAUUGACAUGGAUGCUAAUAUGAAGGCUGUACUUUUAGGUGCUUGCCUCCUUAUUGACAUUGCGGUCUAA